AGCAACGCAUGGCCGCCAAGAAGCAGCGCAUCGCCAACCUCUCGGACGCCUUUGGGAGCAACCAAGACCACCUCAAGCUCAACCUCUCGGCCAAGCUCGCCAUGCACUGGGCCGAACGAGAACAUUUGCACGCGUCCAAGCUCGAAGCGGCGUGUCUCAACGACACUAACUUGCCGUCGUUCCAAGUGAGUAAGGACCAGCAUCUUGGACGACUGCGCGUGCACAAGGCACGACUGCUCGAGCUCUGCCACACGCUCAGUACCUUUGGCGCAAUGCUGCGGGCCCACGAAGACGCCCGCCAAGAGAUGACGCGGUCCGAGCUCCACGUGCUCUCGCUCUUUCGGAUUGUGGUCGAAAACAACUGUGUCUUGACCCCAGUCGUCAUCCAGGGCAUUGCCUCGCAGCUCUCGAGCGCAGACCUCGCCUGUCCUCGUGUCCAGGCGCUCUUUUCCAUCAUUGCCAACCGCAUGGGCACAGACGCCCUCGCAACAACGACGCGAGUAUCAUAAU